AUGGCUGUACGUGUGCUCCGCUGUAGGGCGUUGCUCCAUUUGUAUAGUGUGAAGCAUCAGUUGUCACAGAAAAUCAAAAUUCAAGAAUGUUUUAAAUUGCAAUAUAGUAUUUAUAAUUUAUUACCAGAGCCUAGGUGCGGUAUCCGUUCACUGCACGAGAAAGUUUAUGAUAAGGACGCCGGUAUGGAAGAACAACGACUAGCUAAUUUGGAAGAACACAAUGCAGCAAGGCAAAAGCCAAUACAUUCUAUGAAUGCAUUCAGCGAAAGAGGCAUAAAAAAAACGUUUGAUAAUCAAAAUGACAGUGCUGAUAUUUUUGGAAACAAUGUAUUAUCUGGGGCGGCAGAAGAUGCUGGCGAUUUGGAGGAAGAGGAGUUUACACAGAAUCCCGUAAAAAAGUCAUUGCGAACGAUAGAUUAUGCGCGCCUUAUUAAAUCUCAUCUGAACGAAAAACGAAUCAAAGACGCCAUUGCGGUUCUUGAAGUACAAAUGAAAAAAGAUCGAGCCAAACCAGAUGCAUAUAUAUAUAAUCUACUAAUAAGCGGUUGUGCAAAAGCAGGUUAUACACGCAAAGCGUUUAACUUAUUUACCAAAAUGCGUCAAAGAGGUUUAAAGGUGAAAGGCGGGACAUAUACGUCGCUUUUUAAUGCAUGCGCUAAUGCACCAUCCACUGUCUACGGUAUUGAACAGGCAAAUAGACUGCGAGAAAUAAUGAUUGAAAAGAGCUAUGAACCCAAUGCCAAAAAUUAUAACGCUAUGAUUAAAGCUUUUGGUCGAUGUGGUGAUGUGAAGACUGCUUAUUUGCUUGCUGAUGAACUUAUGGAAAAACGUUUGCCAUUAAAUGUUGAUACCUUUAAUUUUUUAAUGCAGGCUUGUGCAAGCGAUUUUGAGUUUGGAUUUAGGCAUUGUCUUUUAACCUGGCACAAAAUGUUCCAGCAUGGACUCCGACCCGAUUAUUACACUUUCAACACAGUUUUACGCUGUGUAAGAGACUGUGGAUUUGGCGACUUACACACCAUGGAGAAAGUACUUGAGCAAAUAUUCGCUGAACGCCAGGAAUUACUAACAAAUGAUUUGACCGCAGACGAGACAAUCCCGUUAUUGAAAGAGUCUUCCACUUCAAAAUUACUUGAAUCAGAACAAAAUUCUCGACUUAUAGAAAUUAAAAAUGACGCUUCGCAAUUUGAAAUGCCAAAUUUGUUGACACCGCAACCAAAUUUAGGUAGCCUGGUAUCUUUAGCUGAAGUAAGCAAGCCACAUGAACGUUUAUUGUUACUCGGUGGCUUGUCCGGCUUUAUGCAACUCAUGAAAGCUUAUGAUGUCACGCCCAAUAUUGAAACUCUGACAACAUUGUUAGAGGUUAUACCACCAACUUAUGCUGCUGAAAAACAGUUGCUUUCAUUUGUCCGAAAAAUUGGUUUGAAGGCGGACAUUGAUUUCUUCAAUAUUCUAAUAAACAAACGGUCCAUGCGUUUCGACUAUGAAGGAGCGAAAGAAGUUAUGUCGAUGAUACGAACUGCUGGCUUAGAGCCUGAUAUUGUUACCUAUGGUGUACUAGCGCUAGGUUGUCAAACGGAAAUCGAAUCAAGAGAAUUGUUACAAAAAAUGAAGGAAAAUGGAAUACGAAUGAACAUCCAAAUUUUGGGAGCAAUGUUGCGACAAGGUGCCGAAAACAGAAAUUUCCCAUAUAUUAUAGAAAUUUUACAAAUUAGUUUAGAUGAACAAAUCAAGCCAAAUGACUUUUUCCUGAAGCAUUUACAUAAUUUUUAUGAAAGAUGUGCACGGUCAAUUGAUGCAAGGCAUCUAUCAACAAAAUCAAAAUCAUUUAAAAAUGGUCAUGCAAAGUUUUGUGCGAAAUUGCGUGUCUACUAUGAGGAACAAGGAAUCGCUGGAUUAAAGCUCGAGGAUGCAAUUAAAAAAAUUCGUGACCAUCCAUAUACCCAAUUUAAGGAGGAGGAUGUCGAUGGUGUUGAACCAUUGAAAAAUUACGAAAUUUCCAAAAAGCAAAAGGUUCGAAAGUAUAUCAAAAAAAUCAAAAUAGAGAACUUACGAAGUGAUCCCGAUAAUACCAUUAAUGAUGAAAAAAGAACACAAAGACAGUUAGAGUAAAUCACGCAUUUGUUAUAUUAUUUUUAUUUAUGUAUACAAUAGCUAAUCUAAGCUCCAGUUGUAACUAAUUGUUUGAGUUGUAAAUAAAAAGUACCCUUCGAUUUUUUGUUAAUAAAAUAUUAUCAACCAAUCAUGGUACGUUUCCGACCGCGCGCUCGAACUUCUUC